AUGGCAGUUUCCAUGCGGGAUUUGGAUUCAGCCUUUCAUGGGGCAGGACAGAAGGCGUAUCCUUCACUCAAUUGUUUUGUUUGCCUUUAAAUAAGAUCCGCCAUUUUCUUGAUCCGACUAAAAAGGUCACAUGAACUAUAAUGGACGUAUGCGCAAAGAAAUUCACUGAGGCUAUUGAAAGUGUCGACUUAUUUUAUUUGCAGGACAUAUGUUGUUUUCAUUUGCAGGCCAAUAAUUAGUUGCGUUCAUGCAAGUGAUUUUGGUUCAAGUACAUUUUAGGAUACCUUCCUGGUGGCUUUCUUUCAUGUUAUCUAUUUUUUUUUUUCCCAGUACAGAAAAACACUUCGUGAUCCUUCACUUGUUAUAGUGGCAUGGAGAUAUGGCGCAUUGAAAAUUUCCGGCCUGUACCCAUCCCAAAAUCCUCUCAUGGAAAGUUUUUUACCGGGGAUUCUUAUAUUAUAUUGAAGGUACAUUUUUGAAAUUGAUGGCACAAUUUAUGAUGAAAUGCGAUUUUUCUUCGUUUUGAAAAGUUCCUGGGUAAGCUCUUGACAGUUAAAAACUAUUCUGUACUAGUAGUUAAAACUAUGAAUAUUAUUCCAUUUUUAUUUGAAAAUAUUCUUAUUAAUGCUAUAAACAAGUAUAUACUUGAUGGCAUUGACUCAUUAGCCCAAAACACAACCUACGCUAAUGUCCAGCUCAGGUAGUUCUCUCUUUCGACAUAUAUCUCUUUUGGUGAUUGCUGUAAGGAGAAACCUGAAGUGCCUUUUGAAGGUGGUUUCAAUGAUGUUUGCUUUAUGAUAUUUUUCAAUGCAAUGGCUGCAUGGCGGAACUGAAUCAUGACUCUGCUCGCCCUAUAUUUCUUUUGUCAAGACUGAGUUCAUUUGCAUGAGUUAGCACCAGUCAGGGGAUCAUUGGAAAGUCUCUAGCACUUGGUGUAGUUGCUGUAGAAUCUUUGCUGGGUUAGGUGUUCUGUUUCGAAUGUCAUCUCUUCUCUUUUUUUGAAAUUGGUAACAGUACUAUUUCUUCUCUUCACAAUUAAAUCUCAAAGGCCAGGAUGACUCUUUGAGAUGGAUACUAAACUGAAACAUGUAUAAAAUAUGGCUUAAGUGUUCAAAUGACUUCAAAUUUGUGAAGUGUUCUCUUUUCUAAGCAUUAUUCCUUUUCAAGUAACGAAGGGUUAUGCUUUUCCAUUUUUCUCUUUUCUUCUCUCUGGUUCUGGAUGCUAUUUUUAUUUGUAUGCUAUAUAAUUUCUAAGUUGGGAACCCUGGUUUCACAGACAACUGUCUUAAAAAGUGGUGCUUUUCGCCAUGAUAUCCAUUACUGGCUUGGGAAGGACACGAGUCAGGUCAGCAGCUCUGGAUUCGUUCAUCCUCUUUUUCUGGGUUUCGCCUUGAAGUGUUGGGCAUGAUGAUGUGAUGAUGUUAUCCUAUAUCUUUUGAAUAAACAGGAUGAAGCCGGCACUGCGGCCAUCAAGACUGUGGAAUUGGAUGCAGCUCUUGGAGGCCGCGCAGUUCAGUACCGCGAGGUGCAAGGCCAUGAGACAGAGAAGUUUUUGUCUUCUUUUAAGCCGUGCAUUAUACCUCAAGAAGGGGGGGUUGCUUCCGGUUUCAAGCAUUCUGUAACCAAUGAAGACAACCAUGAGACACGUUUGUUUGUCUGCAAAGGAAAACGUGUUGUCCAUGUAAAAGAGGCAAGUUCAUCAAGUUAGAUAAUUAUUCAACUGUUAUUUUUCUUUCUGGUGUAGUUCUCCGUUGAUUUUAUUUUUUUAAUUUCAAUUGUCAUCAGGUUCCCUUUGCUCGUGCUUCCCUAAAUCAUGAUGAUGUAUUCAUUCUGGAUACAAAGUCUAAAAUAUUUCAGUUUAAUGGAUCCAAUUCGUCUAUUCAAGAGCGAGCUAAAGCUCUUGAAGUUGUCCAGUACAUUAAAGAUACAUAUCAUGAUGGAAAGUGCGAUGUUGCCGCCAUUGGUAAGCCUUCUUUAUGAAUGAAUUAUGAAAAGUUUUGCCACUGACGAAUAUGAUUUUUCUUUCUUAUUCAUUAGAGGACGGGAAGCUGAUGGCUGAUGCUGAAACGGGAGAGUUCUGGGGUCUCUUUGGAGGCUUUGCUCCUCUUCCAAGAAAGGCUGCUUCUGACGAUAAUGUGAAUUCGGAACCCUUCUCUGUCAAACUGUUAUGGUGAGCAUUUUCUGUUUACUAUCUACUCCAAAAAAAAUUAUUCUCUAAACUUUCUCAUCUUUUUUAAGUUUUGAUUUGUGUGGCGCGUGUCACUCUAAUAUACUGUGUUUGUACAAAAUUCUUGUAGUGUUGAGAAAGGGCAGACAGUGGGUGUUGAAACAGAUUCCCUGACCAAAGAUUUACUAGAGACAAAUAAAUGUUACAUAUUAGAUUGUGGUGCGGAAGUUUUUGUGUGGCUGGGCAGAAGUACGUCUCUUGAGGAGAGGAAAAGUGCAAGUUCUGCUGCAGAAGUAUGCAUUUCUAGUCUUCUUUUUUAGGGAAAUUAGUUAUAUCUUUCCUUCAUAAUUCAAUCUCCAUGUGUGCUGUUCAGCAAAUACAAAUAAAAAAUGUGGAUGUUCUUUCUAUGCAGGAACUACUCCAAGGUCUUGGCCGACCAAAAGCUCACAUGGUCCGUGUAAUUGAGGGAUUUGAAACAGUUAUGUUCCGAUCCAAGUUUGAUGCAUGGACACUGACAGAGACAAAUGAUGUGGCUGUGUCUGAGGAUGGUAGAGGGAAAGUUGCUGGUAUUGAAUUUUUCUCGUUCUGUCUGGAUAUCAUCCAUUCUUCAUGUAUUUUAUGUGGCUUUCAAAUCAAAGAGGCUGCUAUUCAUAAUCUUCAAUCUUUUAUGUUUAUAAUGUAGCACUUCUGAAGCGCCAAGGUCUCAAUGUCAAGGGCCUUAUGAAAGCUGAUCCUGUGAAAGAAGAGCUGCAACCAUACAUUGAUUGCACUGGCAAUCUACAGGUACUAUCCGCUAGAUGCAUGUGAUAGAAAAUUCCGGUCCAUAAUUAAUAUCCGCUGGUUACACUGUGAAAAUCGUCUAUGACAUCUAAUCUUUAUUGGUAUUUGAAUGCUUUAAUGUACAGGUUUGGCGAGUGAAUGACCUAGAAAAGAUCCUUAUUCCUUCUUCCGAGCAGUCAAAGUUCUACAGUGGGGAUUGCUAUAUUUUCCAGUACACAUAUCCUGGAGAUGAUAGAGAGGAUUACCUUAUCGGCACUUGGUUUGGAAAUGAGAGCACAGGGGUACUAACAAUCACAUUAUUUCACAUCUUGCAUUCGUUUUCUGUUUAGUUAUUAUGCCUAAAAGUCUAAAAUAAAAAAUAAGAUGGAUUUUGGUUAAGUAUUCUGUUUCAAUAUAGGACUUGUAUUUAUGUGAAUCAUGGCUGCUUGGACAUUUGUAGAGAUUGUGGUGAUGUAGAACACCAAUGAAAGCUUUUGGUAAUGUUUUGAAGAAGAUAUGUGGUUGGUAGCCGUGGGAAGUUUGAUAUCUGAACAAAGAUAGCUUGUUUUCAACCUAAGUGAAUGUGACUACUUUGUCCAUGUUUUCCAUUUCCAAUACAAACUGUGAUCGCGAUCCUGUUGUAGAACUGUCUGGUUCCACUCAAUGCUGACCCUGUCAAAGUGGGAGGCUGAAAUCAAAGGGAAGGGGACCUACUUCCUUCCGGCUGCAGCUGGCAUAUCUUGUUCACCACUGCUUCUCUUCCAUUCUUAUUUCAUCGCUUUUUUUUUUCCCUCUUUCCUAAUCACUCCUUUUCUCUGCCUCGAAAAAUCGAUUUGGGGGGUCUGUAGGCAUCGGGAUUACUGGAAUAAAUUAUUUUCAUCAAAAUUCCUUAAAUUUUGAUGAUUAGUUUGUAUUAAAUUAUGGAUAUAAUAUAUUAAAAUAAUAUAUAUUGGCCAUCUUUUCACCUGACCAUCUUUCUUCUGGGUUAGCCAGUCCUAGUAUUUGGUUUGUUCAAUACUCUCUUUGAAAUAGUAGGUAGAUCGGAGGGGUGGGGGCUAGUUGGGAAAUUGGAAAAUGACUGGCGUGCCACCUCAAUAUCAGAAAACAACAAACCAGAUUUACAGGAGAAAAAGAGAUGGUGACCAUGAACUCUUCCUUAACAGUCACAGGGACAAUGAUUCUGAUUGUAAUUUGCAACAGAACCUUGAAAUCACAGGGACAAUGGAUUCAUCAUAUUGAUCUUGAUGUAAAGUAAAGAUAUGUUACCUUCUCCCUUUGAAAAUGGUCAAGUCUCAGGCGAGCUAGACUAGUUUCAGUUGGCUCUGGUCUAGUGAAUUCACUUCAUUCAGCACUGAUCUUUCUUCAACCAUGAAUGCAGUUUUCAGUCGUAUCAUGGACAUCGAUCUUGAAUUCUGUAAUAUUAUAUCAGGCUGCCUAAGUUUGGAACCUUUUUUAUCUGAUUGUAAGUGAUAUUUUUUGACAUUUAGAGUUGAAGAUUACCCUGGAAGAGGAACAAAGAAUAGGGGAAGAGGAAGGUGGGUUAGUACUAGAGAUUCAAUUCUCCUUUUCGACCUCCCCCCUAGGGUUUUUCUAUUCAUGAAUCUGGGUUACAAGGAAAAUAGUUAUUUUCGCAGCACUAUUAUAAGAAAUACAUAGACUGGCUCUAUGGACAAAACCAGACCAUUCCACCCAAUGAACUAAGCAUGGUUUGUUACGUCUAUUUCUCAAAUAGCACAUCAUAGAGUUUGCAAGGAAAAUGUAUUUGUAUGCAUACGCAUUACGAGAUUGAUGUUUAUGCCCAUUAGGCGCUAUGUUCAUUUCUCAUUUUUUAACAUUAUAAGAAAUGUAUUCGAGUCCAUAAAAUUUUUACUGGUGAUAUUAUGGCCAACUUGCUCUAUCACAAACCUUUUAAUUUUAUGCGAUGAAAACUUCAAUUAAUUAUUACAUCCUCGUAACUAAAGUUGAAUAACAAGUCCACUCCCUCAGUAUAUCGAGGAAAAGAAAGGAAGGUCAGUCUGAUCUUUCUACCAAAAUGAGGUGCUCUAAUGAACAUCCAGUUUUCCGUCAACUAGAAACGUGUACUGGGGUUAUUUUCAAAUGGAGGGCUACAAGACAACGUGAACGACAGAUUACGUAAAGUUGUACGACACUUGUCGUAAUAUAUAGUCUUUUACAACCACAUUAGACGUGCAAUUUUACUUUUAGCACUAAUUUUUUUGUUAAAAACCAGUAAAAGAAUCAGAAAAAAUGGUUUUCCUAUGGCUGGGCCUGAUCUCGCCAUUUUUCAUAUUGGGUAUAUUAACGAAUUGUAUUGAAUGAUUCAAAAGUAUUAUAACGUGGUAUGCUUUACUUGUUUCCUCUUUUUUUCCCAAGUAAACAUUUAUGAUUUUUUUCAUUUAAUUACUAAAUUUGAUUACAGGAAGAAAGGGCAUCAGCUAUUUCUCUGUCAAGCGAGAUGCUUGAAUCUUUAAAAUAUCAGGCUGCGCUCGUAAGUUCAUAAUGAUUCAAUGGAUUAUGACAGCAACUGUGUGGACCUAUUCUUUUUUAUUAUCUGAUCAUUCUUCUGGAUCCACGACUGUAGGCUUGCAUUCAUCAAGGAAAGGAACCUAUUCAGUUCUUUUCUAUCUUCCAAAGUUUUAUUGUAUAUAAGGUAUAUGUGCCUUCAUGUUUUAUGUUGUACCACUGGACUUUUCCAAUUUCCCUCCAGGAUGUUGUCCAUUUAUUAAGUAGUAUUUUGUGGUAAAAAUAUUCCAGGGGGGAAUCAGUUCUGGCUACAAGAAAUAUGUGACAGAUAAUGCAGUGCCUGAUGAGACAUAUUCUGAAGAUGGUAUUGCUCUAUUCCGAGUGCAAGGCUCUGGACCAGAAAAUAUGCAAUCAAUUCAAGUUGAACCGGUAUAUAUUUGAAGAGUUUUUCAGCACCAUCCUGUUGCCCUAUCUUAUAUAUGACUGACACCGUUGUUCUUGAUGGAUUUUUAUUUACUUAUCCCUUUAUGUCAGUUUUUAUUUGUGGGAGAGGGCGCACUACAUUUGUCUUUCUCUUAGCAUCGGGCUUGCAUUUUGAUUGCCUGGUAGCCAAGUCUUCAUCCUUUGGUAAAGCUAGUAUCACAUGACAUGUAAAUGAAUCUUAUAAUGUUUAGCUGAGACAACUUCUUUUGCCUGAAAGGAUUUUCUUUGGUUACCCGAAGUUACUGUUCUGUUGAAUAGAAUAUGUGGAUAUCCAUUGAUCUGUCUUCCACGUCUUUUAGUACACCAUGCAUUGGGUGUACUUAUGAUCCUACUGAUUUAUUUAUAAUAUCCUGGGAAGAUAUUUUCAUAUAGGCGAAGACCUGCCACGGCUGCUCUAUCCAUUGGGUGUGCUGAUGCCAUGAAUAAAUCAGUAGAUCACUUUUAACCUUUGCAUGAAAAAAAAAAAAAUCAAAAUAAAUGAAAGCACAAAGUUCCCUGUUGUGCAAGCAGAUCGUAACACCUAAGUUGCUUACUCUAGAUUAUAAGAUAGGCUUGUACUAAGCAUUAUUUACAUUUAAAUGGGAGAGAUAUAAAGUUGUUAUAAUCUUUAUGAUGGGCUGUUUUAAUCCUCUCGCCAUCUUGAGAGUCUAUUCGAUUGCACUAAAUCCCCUACCAAGUAUUGAUGCUGGAAGGCUUUCUUCAUGGUUCUCUGAGGAAGCCAUGCUUUAUGUUAGUGUGAAUUGGUUUUUUGUCUGCACAUGAGCUGCAAAAAAAAAUUUAAAAUUAAAACAUGCUUGAGUUCACAACUUUGAGAAAAUUCAAGAACUAUGAGCUGGAAAAGCCGAAUGUUUAUUUGUGUUGCUUUGAAACGAAGCAUUUACUCUAGAAGCUGGUUCAUGUUUGGAUUAGUGUCUGUUUUUCUUAAUUUCUCACCUAGAUUAGUGUGGGAAAGACCCGACCCUGGCGGUUGAGGCUUCCAAUUCUAAAAUGCCUGCAUAUUUUCUGGUUGGCUGUCCCUCCCUCAAGCAAAAUAUGAUGGUCUAAGCUAUAUUGAAACCAUAAUUUCACGUUGAAACUAACUAAUUCCAUUUUUUAAAUGUAAUGUUUCUUUAUUAUUGCUUUUGUGCACAAUCUCUAAGUUUUCCAUGAGCUAGGGAAGCUCGAAUGCAUAUAAGCACAACAUGGAUCUUUUUUAUACCUUCUACGCUACUUUUUUCUUCAUGGGAGAUGCAUUUAUAGUUGUUAUCUCUAAUCAGGUGUCAUCUUCGUUGAAUUCUUCUUACUGUUACAUACUACAUAGUGGCAAUACUGUUUUUACUUGGUCUGGAAGCCUUGCAACGACAGAGGACCAAGAACUUAUGGAGAGACAACUUGAUCUUAUAAAGGUACAACUUCAGGCAGUUGCAUGACAAUCUUGCUUUCUGAGAAUUUGGUCUUAAGAGGCUCAGUCAUUUGUCAUAUGGUUGAAGUUUAAUAUCAACUGCUUGUCUUUUCAUUUUUCUUAGUACUGCUGAUUGUAUAAAAAACUAAAUAUUCGAAGAAUAAUCAUCUGAUAUUAUAUUAAUCAAUUCCAACGAAUGGUAGUUUCAUUGCAGCAAAAGUUUAUGCUACUAUUUUUUUUUUUUACCGGAUAUUCCCAGAAUUGACUUCUAGUAAACUUUAAUUAACUUACUCAUCUUUGGUAUUAGAUCACUAAAUAAAGAAAAAGUAGAUGCAAGACGAAGUGGAUAUCUUGUCAUCAUUUUCCGGACUUGAAGAUGUUACCUAUCGAGUCUGAUGGUGGCUUGGACACUUGGUGGAUAUUUAUCUGUCUUUAUUAUUGUUCUCUUGCCAUUGCCUUUUGCGAAUAUUUAAGUAGGCGUCUUAAUUUAAUUUAUUGAUUACAACGAUUUACUUGAAGUGAUUUCAUUAUCUUACAGUUGUAUAGAGAAAUUAUAAUCUAUGAAAUACAAGUUCUACUAUUAAUGCAUACAACAUAAACUUAUAAUAUUUUCGUUCAAGUUAAUGUGAUUAUUCUUGAUCACUAAGUGCAAAUUAAUGUGUGCUCUUUAUUAUGCUUUCAGAUUCAUGUAAUUGCUUAACAUACGUAUAGCUGCCAGGGUUAAUGAUCAAAACUCUUUUGAAAACACCUCAUGUCUGUCUAUGGAACCUGUAUUACUGUGUUGGAGGUUCCCUGCUAGUCAUGAAAUACUUUCUCAUUUCUGGGCUUUUCAUUCGGCCUGCAUUGUUUCUAUGAAGCAAGUAUGGCGUGUCAAUAAUGUCGUGCAUGGUCAACCACCUGCCAUAUUUGACGUGCAAUUCUGCUGUCAGCCUGUAUCCUAAAACGUCCUCUCUCUCUCUCUCUCUCUCUCUCUCUCUCUCUCUCUCUCACACACACACACACACACACACACACACGUGUACACACACAAGUGAGAACGACUGAAUGUUAAAAUCAUUCUUCGUUGUAUUCUCACCAUUCAAAAAGAAUUGAAGCUACAUUGUCUGAGUUCCGGUAAAUGGGGAAUAGUUCUGCGGCAAAGUGGUCUCUAUUAGAACUUGUGCUCUUUUAGCCCUCAGUAAGAAGUCUGCACGUCGAAAUGUUAGCGUUCUUUCAUAUAGCUGAAUCAUGGGAUUCAUGGUUCUUUUCUGAUGUUCAUCCUUUUCUUGUCAUAUGGCAAAAUGAGUUAUUGCGUACUACAUUUUUCUCUUUAAAAUAUUGCCCGCACAGCAUUUCUCAUUUCUGGACCGAGCUUAAUAGAAAUACAAACCAAACUUCAAAUGCUACCAUCCUGCAGAGUUUGUUGAUUAGUAGUGUGCCUUUCUGGGAGUUGUUAUACUUUUGUAACAUUGAUUCUGCAAUGCUUGCAGCCCAAUGUGCAGUCCAAGCCGCAAAAGGAAGGUAGUGAAUCUGAACUCUUCUGGAAUUCACUUGGUGGCAAAUGUGAGUACCCUAGCCAGAGGAUUUCAAAGAAUGUGGAAAGUGAUCCUCACCUCUUCUCCUGUACUUUUUCAGAAGGUUAGAAGUGAAGAAACCUUUUCUUAGCUUUCCUUGGUUUGAUCUUUCUAAGACAUUUUGCUUUUAGUACUGGUAAUAUUACUAAUAUAUUGCUUGGCUGCUGUUCCAUAAUCAAUCUCUCGUUCUUGGGGCCACUGGAUGAAUGGGCAAUCAGGAAAUCUGAAGGUUGGUACGGGAGAACUCCUGAUGUUUAUUUAUCACACCAUCUCUUUGAUAUAUUUUUUAUUAGUCGAUUCUUCUAUUUGGCUUUUUUUCACCUCUGAUUUUUUACUUAGAAGUUUUUCAUCAUUUCAGGCAACAGAGAUAUUCAAUUUUACGCAGGAUGAUCUCGUGACUGAAGACAUACUUAUUCUGGACUGUCAUUCAGAGAUCUUUGUCUGGGUAGGGAAACAAGUGGACUCCAAGACAAGAUCACAAGCUUUAAAUAUUGGAACGGUAUAUAACAUAUUUCCUAGAUGUACUAACCCGUCAAGAAUGUCUUUGAUCCUUUUCUGAUAUAAUAUCUUUCUUUGUACCAGAAAUUUAUUGAACAUGAUUUUCUUAUGGAGAAAUUGUCUGGUGAAACUGCAAUUUUCAUUGUGACGGAAGGCAAUGAACCGGCAUUUUUCACACGCUUUUUCACAUGGGACUCGGCGAAAUCAUCAGUAAGAACCCCUCGUGUAGUAUAAAACCGCUACUCGCGUACGAUUUAAUAUAAUAAUUACUUUUUGCCUCUUUGGAUCCUUUAUUUCAUAUUCGCAGUGGAACAUGCAAAGAUCGAUCAUUGUAUUUAAAUAUUCGCGUACGUUUAUAUUGAUAGUUUUUAUAUUUUGAGAGUAUCACAGACUGAAAGAAGCUGGUUCUUUAAGAUAGCAGCAUACUUGUUGUAGUGUGAAUUUCCAUUUAAAGAAAAAAUCAGUGAUGCGAAACCCACCAUCUGAUUUAAAGAAGAACCAUAAUGUAGCAGCGCAUGUUUCUCGAAUGGAAUGGUUGCAUGAGUUUUUAGGUGUUAUAAUUGGAUGUAAAAAUUGGACACAUUUCUUUUUGGUUACAGAUGCUUGGGGAUUCGUUUCAGAGGAAGCUUGCGAUUGUGAAAAAUGGUGUUGCUCCGGCAUUAGACGUAAGUAGAAAUUUUCAACUAGUUCCACUGAAAUUUAAAAUUCUAUGUUUUCUUUAUCUCUUUUAGUCAUUCUUCUGAAUAUCGAGCAUGUCAUCUUUUCCGUAAAGCAUCUAGGAUAUGUGUUCUUCAAUUACCUGGUCAGAUUUAAGGAACUACGGUGAACUACUCUUUAAAAGGGUUUGUUCCAUAUUAAAAUUUCCCUUGUAGACUACUCUCUACUAUCACGAUUCUUUUCGGCUUUGUACAUUGUUAUUUUGUAACAUAUUCGAUCAUCAAGUGGGCAUGGAAUACUUCCCUCAUGGUUUAGUCUAACAGACAGGUACCUAUCUGUUCCCUAGACCCUAUCUAUUCCUCAGAGUAAGCCCAGCCCCAGUUUAAGUACCUCUGGAACUGGAUUAGAGCCAAAAUUGUCUUCCAAAAGAAGGGGGGGUCUUGGGACAGUCUAACCAAGCGCGGGUUUUAAUGAGAAGAUUUGAGUUCUAUAACUUGAUUUUAAUGACCCAAUUAGGUACCUUGAUUUUGUUCUCUUCAUCGCUUUUUCCUCCAAUAAGUAUUUGUGUGGGGACGGGGUAGGAUGGCUUCUGGGUGGGGAACCAAACAAAAUGUCGAAGAGAGAGGGCUGAGUGGAAGGCAGAUAGAUAGAAGCAGCCCAUUGGAGAAGCAGAGUUAUGUCUGGGUUUUUAGUUUUAUGUUGAUUUCUUGGAGUGGAAGGCCUUGCAAAGUUGCCUUGAUUACGACAGAAGCAGAAGGAAGAAAACGAAAGGGAGGACAUGGGUGUGUCGGUCCAAGCUGAUAUGGAGAGGAACCGUUCAUCUGCAUGUCUAUACUUGGCCGUGCCUCAUAUAGGCACGAUUUUUCUUCCUAGGUGAACCCGUUCUUCUUCUUUUGCUGGCAUGAUCUAUGCUAGCAGUUUCUGCCGUGAAUUGAAAAGAUUUGGUUUUUAAGCUUAGUUUUUCCACAGAGAUUUAUCCUCCAUGUUGAAGACGAUUCUUCUGCAAAGCUACAUUCUGCAUACAGAGUGCCAUGCAGAAGCUAUACCAUCUUUGUUCAGCAUGGUUUUCACUAGUUUUCGUUUUGGAAAAUAUGUAUUUACAUGGCGCCGUGUAUUGAUCAGAAACCCAAGAGGCGGACUCCAACAUCUAUUGGGGGAAGGUCCGGCGUGCCAGAGAAAUCCCAGCGCUCGAGAAGCGUGUCGUCCUUCAGCCCAGAUCGAGUCCGAGUGAGGGGCAGGUCGCCCGCCUUCAACGCUCUGGCUGCCACUUUUGAGAAUCCUAAUGCCCGAAAUCUAUCCACCCCACCUCCGGUUGUCAAGAAACUCUAUCCAAAGUCUGGCAGUCCGGCAGCGGCAACUCUCUCCUCUUCUUUUGAAGAGGCAAGAGGGAGUGUCACUCUCCAAUCGUCUAAAGGUCCGCACGAUUUCCUUCUGAGGUGUUCUUUCUCUAGUGCGCCAAGCUGGGUCUGAGAACUUCUCUCUCCGAAGCUCCCCCAGAGACGGAGGCGACCAACGGUGGUAAGGAUGGCUCAGCGGGAACCAGCAUCGAACACCUCUCCAUAAAGGAGUCUCUGAAGGAAGGUGCGACAGGAGAUGAAGAAGGCCUGCCAACGUACCCCUACGAGCGCCUCAAAGUCACAUCCUCCGACCCCGUCGCAGGAAUAGAUGUGACAAAAAGGGAGGUAAGACAUUAUUUCUCGUGAACGAGCGGUGGAUUUCUCGCAGACUUAUGGUCCCUGAACUCGUGAAUCCUGCUCGCAGACCUACUUAUCCUCUGCAGAAUUCAGAGAGAAGCUCGGCAUGGCCAAGGACGCCUUCUUCAAGCUACCCAAAUGGAAGCAGAACAAGCUGAAGAUGGCUGUCCAGUUGUUUUGA